AUGGUCUUACCCCAUCCUCCACCCAACCCAACAACCCCAGCAUCCACCCCUCCAUCCCACCCAGCAACGCUGGUAUUGAUCCCUGCCCCAUUCCCCCAACCCUUGGCCUCCAACCAGCCUUCCCCCAGCCUUCAUCAUGACUCAACCCCACUGGAUCUCAACCCAGCCUACACCCUAGCCCAGAUGGAGGUAACCCUGGUCCUGGAGUGCCACAGCCCUCCCCAAGCUCUUCCAGACCCCAGCCCUCCGCAAGCUCUUCCCAAACCCAGCCCUCCCCAAGCUCUUCCCAAACCCAGCCCCCCCCAAGCUCUUCCAAACCCCAGUCCCCCGAAAGCUCUUCCCAAUUCCAGCCCUCCGCAAGCUCUUCCCGACCCCAGCCCUCCCCAAGCUCUUCCCAACCCUAGCCCUCCCCAAGCUCUUCCCAACCCCAACCCUCCACAAGCUCUUCCCAACCCUAGCCCUCCCCAAGCUCUUCCCAACCCCAACCCUCCACAAGCUCUUCCCCACCCCAGCCCUCCCCAAGCGCUCUCAAACCCCAGCCCUCCCAAUCCCACCACUCCCCUGCCCUCCCCAAGCUCUUCCCAACCCCUCCCCAAGCUCUUCCGGACCACAGCCCCGACAACCCCAGCCCUCCCCAAGCUCUUCCCGACCCCAGCCCUCCCCAAGCUCUGA